AUGAUCGACUUCACACGGUUCAAGAUCCGAGACAUGGAGACAGGAACGGUUCUGUUUGAGAUCACCAAGCCCCCUGCACCAGCGGGCGAAAAGAAGGACUUGGACCCCAACGGAGGCCGCUUCGUCCGUUACCAGUUCACCCCCGCCUUCCUGCAGCUGCGCCAGGUCGGAGCCACUGUGGAGUUCACAGUGGGAGACAUGCCCAUCAACAACUUCAGGAUGAUUGAGAGGCACUACUUCAGAGAGCAGCUCCUCAAGAGCUUUGAUUUUGAGUUUGGUUUCUGUAUGCCCAGCAGCAAGAACACCUGUGAACACAUCUAUGAGUUCCCCCCUCUGUCAGAGGACAUCAUGCGUGAGAUGAUCCUGCACCCAUACAAAACGCAGUCCGACAGCUUCUACUUUGUGGACAACAAGCUGGUGAUGCACAACAAGGCAGACUACUCCUACAGUGGGAGUCCAUAG